UAAUCGUUGUGUUUGUGUGGCAUCUCGCACGAGCGUUUAAAACGCAACGCUAAAUUAAUUAAUUGUGGAUAUAUUAAUGACAAUAUCGGUGUUAUGGAUGUGGAUUUGCUUAGACCGGGCACCGUGCCGAUCUCGCCGGACACGAUACUGUGGUUUGAGUUUCUGUUGAAUCCUUCGUUGUUGCAGAAACACCUGUCAAAACCAUUCCCGGAUCCAUCGCCUACAGACCUGAUGAUAAAAUUUAUGACUAUUAAUUCCGAUCAGAAAGAGACCGAGCCAAAGGCGAUUGAUUCAGAAUCUAAUGACGUAAAAUCCAACGGCACAAACAAAUGGACUCACAGAAACCUGGCAUUAAAGAUACUCUCACUGAAAGUAGCGGCUUACCUCAAAUGGGACUUGGAUGUGCUAGAGAAGAAGCUACCGCUGCCGAUACAGUUGACGUUACUGCAAGAUCUGUUUUAUAUCACUUCGGACGUUGUGGUGGAAAUUCCUACAAUUCCAGAAUUUUUUAUGGAAACCGCUUCCGACCAGCUCCUGUUCACAUUGGUUUUAUAUCAUAGAUGGCACCUAAGAGCGAUUAUUUGUAGGGCUCUCGGCAAUAAACAGCCGAAACAACAAUUACUUCACAUACCAGGUACUCAAGAAUCAACGUAUGUACCUCCCGGUAUAGUAGAUGAUAUUAUUAGGAAAUUAGAAGCGCACAUACCAAGCAGUGUAAGUGCCCUAAACAGUAUUUUACAAAUGUCCGAUAUAAAGCCAAAGGUUCUGUCUUUUGACACUUUUCAAAUGCUGACCGAAGACAGUACGGAGAUCAAGCAAAAUUGGGAAAAUAUGUGCCUGGUGAACAUAGACGAGUUUAAAUGUCAGAUACAUUAUGAUCUCGCGAUGUUUCAUUUAUUGAGGGAAGAGUAUCAAGAGGCCAAAUGCCAUAUUAAACAAGCGAAGGAGUUGUACAGUAAUUUUAACCCGGCAGAAAAAUUGACAUAUUGUAAAGUACAAAGAGAGUUUUUAGAUGGCUGUUGUUUAGCGUGCGAAGUGCCGAUAGAGGAAGUCACGCCUAGUCUUACGCAACGUUUGCACGCUUCUAUCAAAGAUCAAUACACUAAUAUAUUGCAGAUUUUGCAAGCAGAUAAUGUUUUCAGGGAGAUACCACAGGUUUAUAGAGACAAUUUGGAGUUGGAUGUACAAGGCGGAUUAGUUAACAGGAAAUUUGUGGUUGCCCGGGAUCUUCUGUUGCAAAUACAGUGCUUGAAUCUGGUUAGAAAAAUCCUUGGUGACAAUAUAGUUCUGGGUGAUUAUGUAACUGAAAUUAAGGCAGCUGGUACGAAGGGUCUGGAUAUCUUAUUCUGGGCUUUAGAUAAUGUCUUGGAGAAAGUAACGACUGUGGAUAAAAAACGAAUUGCACGUUACCUUCUUUAUCUUGUAAACACUACUAAUAUAGAAGGGCUUGCUUCAAAGAUAUUCAACAAUCCUUCCUACACAUCGUUAUUCGAUGAAGCAGAACUCGCUACUCUUCAACAAGCAGCUAUUUCUGAUGAGAUAGAAUUACCAAGCUUGUUGCUACAUAACGAUUGGGGUAUCCCAUCUGUACCAUAUAUACAAAACGCGAGGAUCGAAGUGUUCGAAUUGGAGCAAAAAUUAAUAGUGUCCUAUGAUCCUCAUGUAAUUCGUGAAACGUUGAUCCGCCUGGACGGAAAACAUCGAAUAAAAUCGUUAUAUCAUAUAAAUGGCUGUUGGGAGUUACCCAUUCCAUUGCAGAGUGUAUUAAUGUCACUUUCCAGGGGUUUUAUCCAGGAUUAUUCAUACGUCCUGCUCGCGAAGAGUCGAGAAUUGGUGACUUCUAAAAACUUCGACGGUGCCAUUGAAUUGCUCAAGAUAUUGGAUAAGGAGCUACCAGGAGCACCAGGACAGGAGCACCAGGAGCACGUGAAAAGCGGAGGCUCGUUAGUCUUCAAGCUGUCAAAAUUAGUGAGCUGGGAAUGUCUGCUCGUCGAGAUAUGGAAGUGUUUCCAGGCUUGGCCGGUGACGAACGGUUGUGAUGUGCAAAGUAUGAUUGUACGGAGUAAACAGUGCCUCGGUGCGCUACAAGCGUCCGAUCAGCUGAUUCCGCGACAAGAAAUAAUAGAAUAUUGCACGGUCUUUCUUCUAAAUAUGGCCGAAUGGGAUUAUCUUACUAGUUUGGAGAAACGCUGGAAUUACACUGAAUUUGCAGCUGCCAUAAGCAACGUUUGCCAGGACAUCGUUAAGUACAAAGGAACCCGCAAAUUUCCACGGGACGCAUGGGAUAUGAUUUUAGCCGCAUUUGGUCCCGCUAGGGAUCAGUCACAAAAACGUAGCAGUAGUGGCAGUAACAGCGGGAGUUCUUCAUCGAGAGAUGUUGCCACUGGUAUUGCCCAUACAUUUACUCGACUACGGGAACCUAUGGUCCUCAAUGUGGUGAUAUCAUUAUUGGGUCGUUUGCACAAUGUCUUGCGCGAUGAGUCUAGUUUGGAAUUACACACGCAGUAUCUAUCCCUUUGGCCUGCCGGAGUACCGAAUGCAAAUUCGUAUAACAUCAGGCAUAUUGGAGAACUGUUAUUCCAACUGCUGACGCAAGCUUUAAAAUAUUAUCCCUGCAACGUGUCUUGGUUGAGGCUAAUGGGUGAUCUCAAUUUUGUUCUAUUGUACUACGAAAGUGCAAUGAGAUAUUAUUUGGAGGCAAUCAUGAUAGCCAGUGAUUUGUUUAGUCAACCCAUCACGUCACGCACGCAGAUAGACGAUCUAGUUUACAGAAGGAUGAUCAAGUGUUGCGCUCAUUUACAGUGCUACACUCAGGCGGCUGUGCUGUGCCAAUUUUUGGAGGAAGUAGAUUAUUCUCUGGCGUUUAAAAUGGCAGCCAGCGAUCAAAAGAGCUGCGCCGCGGCUGAUGCUAUGGACGCGUAUUAUCAUUGCAUUUGGGAUACUACGAUACUCGAGUAUCUCAUACAUUUGCAUACGAAACGCGGGGAACAUCACAGAAAGCAACUCGCGAUCAAAGUCAUCGGUUUGCUGGAAUUAAACUCCAACAACAACGAAGAAAUUCAAAGAGAAGCGGCCAAUAUUCGUAAAGCUAAAUUUUUGAGAGCGCUAGCGAAACAGUAUGUUUAUUGAAAGGAUUGCCUGAGAUUUUUUAAUAAUAUACAUUUAUACAUACAAUAUCGAAUACGUUAGUAAGUUACAAUACGUACAUUCGUACGCGUUGCAUGAAUUUUUUACGUUUAAAUGUAUCCUGCGUUACGAAACAAUGUGUAAAAUAAAUAUGUUGGAUUGA